CCCUCACCGUGGCGGCCUCGGGUGCCACGGUGCCCGUCCUAGCCCAGGCCGUGUGAGGCAAAGCGAGCAGGUGAUUGAAUUUUUCCCUUGGGAUAUGAAGUAAGAACUGAAGUAAGAGAGCUCCUUUCCCAAAAAGAGAGGAAGCUUUCCAAAACUGAAGAGCUUGGUUGUUAUGAUACUUAUUUUUGAAGAAGAGCAUUGCACUCCAGGCUUCACUGCAAUUCAGUUGACAUUUUUCUAUUUCAUUUUAAAAUACAGUAUUUAGUGUUACUGAGGAAGAUACCAAUCGUGCAGAAUGAAGGCCAUUCUGCUUGAUGAAACUGAGGGGAAAACAAAAAAAAAUCCACACAGAGAGAAGAUAGAACACCAGCAAAAUUAUCAAGAGAUUUCAUCCUUCACCAGCCUUCUGAAUAAUUGCUUAGGAGGAAAAAAAAGAGUGUGUGUAUAUUUGACAGGAAAUACAGAAAUAUAUAGACUAAAGAAAGACUGAAGAAGUCAGAAAUGCUAAAAGGAAGCAGAUCAGGUGUCUGCCUCUGAUUCAAACUUGAAAACUCUGAGCGAACAGAAAGAUGAACCAGGAAACAGAGGACACAAGUGAUCUACCUAUUAUACCAUCAUGCUCCCUUAAAGCACUGAAAGGGUUAUGUGUGAUGAACCUUUAUCCUGUCUGCUGCAGCUGGCAAUCAGCCUCCCAUUACUCCAAUAGAAUAUAUAUAUCAGCCCAGAGGGAUUUGAGGGGAACCCACCAAUUCAUUAUCUUCUGGUCGCAAAGCAGCCACCAGUGGAAGAGCUGGAUUCAACCGAUGAAAGGAUUUGUUUGAUGGAAAAGAAGCAAACAAAAUAAUCACAGUACUGAGCUAGCAUGACAAUGAAUGUCCAUCUCUAAAACUUGUGUUCCCAACCCAGUUACAUUUAUGAGCAUUUAUCUUCCUGUGGGGCCUACAAACAAGAACUUCUAUAAAUAUGCCCGCCAGGAUUAAAGCUAAAGAUUCACGUGUUCACCUACGAGUGCUUGGGGAUCUGCCCUUUCUGUGGCAAUGAUCUAUCUUCAGGACUGCUUUUCAGGCAGCUAUACUAUGAGCAGCAGAGACAGCAGCUGAGAGGUAUUUAACAGCCACCUUGUGAUCCUCACUGAGAUGCACCUGUGCACUGCCAGAUUCUCUGUGUGGCCUCUGCCAGGUAAAGACUUGCAAGACAAGAGUUCUAAGAUAAUUCACAAGACAGCUUCCCUGAACUGUAGUUUAUUUUCAUUGAAAUAAAUAAAAAUAGUCUCAGUGAUGAUAUUAGCAUGUGAAUUGGUGCUUGGUGAAGGAGCCCCAUAAUAACUGCUACAAUUAAAUAAUUAUAAAAUCAGCAAGUGAAAGGAAGAAGGCAAGUUUUGAUGUUCAUAUUUAAACUAUCAGAUAUUCACAGCUAAAUGUCCCUCGCUGCACUCUCCUGUGAUAAAUAUCAGUAGCUAAAUAGCAGCACCAUUUUUCAUUGAGUGUAAUCUUUAUUUCCACACAACAGUAACACUGAAGAUUUAUUAAGCAAAAGAAAAAUAAUGACCAGUCUAACUCGCAAAAUUUGGCCUUUAAAAAUCAUUACUAAUUGAUCAGUUGUGGAAAUAAGAAAAAUAAUAAAAUAGUUGUAACAGUUUAGAGGCUUUUUAAAUUUCUGAUUUAAAAUAAGUCUGACUUUGUAAAGUGUCCAGAAACAGCCUUAGCCUCCGGUGUUACAAAUACUAUUGCUGUUCCCCCUGAGCAGAAAUGCUUGGAUGAGGAUUUUAAUAGAAGCUACACUAUAUGUGUUUGUAGAGUUUCACCUGUGAGACAGGAAAGAGGUACAGGCCAGUCUUGGAUUGCUGUCAGUGCCCAGGUGGUAGUCUUUUACUGAGCAAUUUCUAGGGUAGCAAAUACAGGGCUUUGCCAAACAUCCUGGAUACAUCUCUUCUCAAAACAAAAAAUUGUUGUACCAGGACCUACCUUCACGAACCAUAUGCAGUGGACCUAAAUUACUAAGUACUUUCUGCCUUAAUAUCUCUCAGCAUUCCCAGUGGGAUACUUUAACGCCGAUAGGAUGCAGAAAGACCGGCACUGAUAACGCAGUCUGUGUCCAGCGCCAGGCAGGAAGGGCAGUGGCCCAGCAACAGGUGAAGGCCUUGGCGCUGUGCAUUGCAAAGCUCACUCAGAGUCUGUGCUUGGUCAACUGCUCAUGUACUUUCUUUAGAUUGCCAACAACACAAAACAGAUAUCUGAUCUAAGCGCCCGCGCCCACAUGCCCGUCCCGGCGCAGCAGCCGAGAGCAGGGCCACGCGUCUCCGCAGGCGCCGAGCAGAGCGCGCAGUGCCCGCGCCCAGCGUCGGACGAGAUCCCGCAAAACUGAAAGCAGGUACAGGCACUUCCUGCAGGCAGAAUUGGAGAGAGAGAAAGGGAGUUUUCCUCGGAUCUCCCUCAAAAACCAAUCAGGCCAGAUCAGCCAGGCGUUGAUUCUCCCUCCGUCCCUCCUACACCUUUUCCAGGGGCCCAAUGGCCUCGUCCCUCUGGGAGAUUGACUAGAGUCACAUGAGCUGCACCAAGGGCAGGUAGCUCAGGAGAGGGGAAGGGGAAGGGAAAAAAAAAAAAAAAAAAAAAAAAAAAAAGAAAAAGAAAAAGCCCAGACUCAGGCUGGGCUUCUGCCAUGAUGUCAGAGGGAAAGGAACCCACAGCUUGCUAAUUUCACCUCCCAAUCAGCCCCAGGAAGAAGAUCACCGGGAGCAGUUGUUUCCCCCUGUGGUCAUGACGGCUUCGCACAGUGACUCUUUGGUGGUGUUGUUUGGGGCAACAGCUGGUGCAUAUGGGGCUAAACUGGGUUCGGAUGAGAGGGAACUAAUUCUCUUGGUGUGGCAAGUUGUGGAUCUACACAGCAAGAAGGUAGGGACGCUACACAAAUCCCUGGUGAAAGCAGACAACUUGGACUUAAGUGACCAGUGUCGUGAAGUGAUUGGCCUAACACCAGAGGGACUGGGCAAAGCUGAACCACUGGACCGGGUUCUUCAACAGUUUAGUCAGCUGGUAUCCAGUGAUCUGAAAGUACUUGGAAGGAGUUCUUACACACUCUGCAGUGAUGGCCAGUUGCUCAUUCGACAAGUUCUCCACCCAGAAACAUCUAAGAAGAACUUCCUGCUGUCAGAUUGUUUCUAUUCCUUCUACGAUCUACGCAAAGAAUUUCACACUUGCUACCCCAGUUCAGCCACCGUGAAAGAUCAGACUAUCAAGACCAUGGCAGAAUAUCUAGGCUUAGGGACAGAUGAAACAGAGGAGGACUUUGGCGUGUGGCAAGUGAAAACCAUGGUGGCUAUCAUUUUCAGCAUGCUCUCUGAAGGUUGUAAUCAUGUAUUUACUGAGCCUGAAACUGUGAAGUACAAGUAUGAAACAGGUCCUUGUAGCAAAUCAGAAACAGUAGACAGUGAGACAGUAAUACGUGCCAGAGGUUUGCCAUGGCAGUCUUCAGACCAAGAUAUUGCUCGAUUCUUCAAAGGACUCAACAUUGCCAAAGGUGGUGUGGCUCUUUGUCUAAAUGCUCAAGGAAGAAGAAAUGGGGAAGCAUUGGUUCGGUUUGUCAACUCUGAACAGAGAGACCUUGCACUGGAAAGACAUAAACAUCACAUGGGUAGCAGAUACAUUGAGGUUUACAAAGCAACUGGGGAGGAAUUUUUAAAAAUUGCAGGAGGCACCUCCAAUGAAGUGGCCCAGUUCCUAUCUAAGGAGAAUCAAGUUAUCAUCCGGAUGAGAGGUCUUCCAUUCACUGCUACUCAGGACGAUGUCUUGGGGUUUCUGGGGCCAGAGUGCCCAGUAACAGGAGGGAAAGAGGGACUUCUCUUUGUCAAGUACCCAGAUGGCAGGCCCACAGGAGAUGCAUUUGUGUUAUUUUCCUGUGAAGAAUAUGCACAAAAUGCACUUAAAAAGCACAAAGAAAUACUUGGGAAACGUUACAUUGAACUCUUCAGGAGCACAGCAGCAGAAGUCCAACAGGUACUUAACAGAUAUAUGUCCACACCUCUUAUUCCCACUCUCCCAACUCCCAUCAUUCCUGUCAUACCCCCACCAUACACCAUUGCUACGGGUAGCAUACGUGACUGCGUCCGACUCCGAGGCCUUCCUUACACCGCUGGCAUUGAUGACAUCCUGGAAUUUAUGGGAGAUGCUACAGCUGAUAUCAAGCCCCAUGGAGUUCACAUGGUCCUUAAUCAACAGGGACGCCCAUCAGGUGAUGCUUUCAUCCAAAUGAAAUCUGCUGACAAAGCUUUUAUGGUGGCUCAAAAAUGUCACAAAAAAAUGAUGAAGGACCGUUAUGUGGAAGUAUUCCAGUGUUCAGGAGAGGAGAUGAACUUUGUUUUAAUGGGUGGCACUUUAAAUCGUAGUGGCUUAUCCCCACCGCCAUGUAAGUUACCAUGUCUUUCUCCACCAGCUUAUGCUGCUUUCCAAACAGCAGCUGUGAUCCCAGCAGAGGCAGCGCUUUACCAGACACAAGCCCUCUUGCCAACCACUAGGACUCCCCAGGCCUCCGCAGCUGCUCCUCCAGCUGUUACCUACUACCCAGCUCAGGCUGCUCAGCUUUACAUGAAUUACACAGCUUACUAUCCCAGUCCUCCAGUAUCCCCUACCACAGUAGGGUACAUUGCAGCUCCUCCAGGAGCUGUAGCCGCUGCCGCCACUGCCACCCACACUCCACUUCUGCCUCAGCCUGGAGCAUUAGUCCGUAUGCAGGGCUUGCCAUAUAACACAGGAAUGAAGGAGAUACUCAGUUUCUUCCAGGGGUACCAGCUCCAUGCAGAUUCCAUCCUUGUGUUUUACAACUUUAGUGGCCAGCCCAGUGGAGAGGCCUUGGUGACUUUUCCAAGCUUGGACCUAGCUAAGAAAGCAGUGGCUGAGAAAAAUGGACAGCUCCUGGGAAACUGCUGUGUAGAACUGUACCUGGUCUAACUAAACACUCUCUGGGGGCUGGGGAAAGAACGUCGCACUAGACACCGUGCCUUUUGCAAAAUAAGAAGUCUUCCCUUGCCACCCAGGCAGCAGCAAAUGUGCCCUUUCAGCAUAGUACGUUGGGAUGUAGAGUGGUGCAUGUCCUGUGUUUAAUUGGAAAAAUGGCAUGCCUUAUGCCAAAGAUAAGUGAAAGCAAAGAUUAUGCUGUUAAUUUACUUAAUUUCUAAUGUACUUGUUUAAAACUAAGCAAACCUGCUCCUGGCAUCUAGUUAAUUUGAAGACAAUCUAAUAGCACUUCAGCUAUCAUGACCAUGGAGAAAGGAACCUUUCAGUAGCAUUUGAAGUGGAAAGCGAAGCUGGAGUCAUUCAGAGUCUCCUGUGUUUAGUUUGUAAGCAUUUACACUUGACAAAGUGUGUGGGUUUUGUAGAGUUUAAAUGUCUUUAGAAAGGUCUUUUGGAAUGCAUAGCUUUCCCAGUUCAAAGCCUAGACCAUACUGAUAGAUAUAUUUUGUUGUUGUUGUUUUGUGUUGUUCUUGACUGGAAACCACCAGGAUGCUGGACCCCAAAUGCAAUUGUGUUCUCAUGUUUUCAUUAUACAUUGUUUUGCAAAAGCCAUAUUUGUCUCUUACUGAUGUAGUGCUGCCAAUAUGUAAAGCAAAAUAAUAAACACAACAACAAAACCAGAAAAAUCCUCCUGUGCCCUAGCCCCAAACUAUUAAUCUCUACAGGACAAAAAUGGCACAUAAACCUGAGUACUAAUAAGUUAUAUUUUUUUUAUUUAAGCUUAAUAGCUUUCAGAUACUGUAUUAAAGAUUUUGCUCUAGUUUAUGUGCAUGCAAUUUGUUUACAUCUUUAAACUCCUUUAUUUGUAUAUUAUGUAACAACAAGAUCUGUUGGAAUCUGAAUCCUCUAGUGCAUGUUUUCUUUUUCCCUGUGUGUGUAUAUACAUAAGCUAGAAGAAGUACUUUUACGUCAUGUAGCAUGUGUUUAAAAAAAGACAUCUGCUGUAGAAGCACUAAAUUACUUUGUUUUUACUGUGCCUUACUUCAAAACCAUUCCAAGUGCAAUACCAGCAGAGCAAAAUGUAAUGAAUCCAAUUGUGACAUGUUCAUAGAUGUCCGAAUUGAUUUUUUUUUUUGAUAGUGUACAAUUUGAGUUGUACUUAAAGGAACUGAAUGAUGUAUGCUUCUUUAUAUUACAACAAAUAAAAGAGAUGCUUACGAUG